GGCAUUGCAACCUGCAUCAACAUCCCUCAUGGUCAGAUCACUGACGAUAUUUGGAGCCGAGAAAGGCUGGGACGCCAGAGAAUGGACAUCAAGCGACGAUCGCGUCCGAGGCGGACAGUCACAGUCCUAUCUUGACAUCAAAGGGUCGACUGCUCGCUUCCAUGGCAAUCUCGACAUCAAGACUCUCGGUGGUGCCGGAUUCGCUAGCCAACGCACAGCUGGUGAUGACUCUUCCUGGGACCUCUCUGCUUAUGACGGAAUCCAUCUCGAGGUCGGAAAAGAUGAUGGCAAGCGCUACACGUUUGUGCUGAAAGACGAGAUUCUGCCACUCAUGGACGAUGGUCGCGAACAGUCAACUAUCAGCUAUGAGUAUGACUUCAGCGCAGCAGGAAACUACUCAGUGUUUGUGCCUUGGAGCGAGCUGAAGCCAACUUACCGCGGCAAGGAAAAGAACGAUGCGCUACCGCUCAACACGAAGAGCGUCAAGAGAUGGAGCUUCAUGAUGAGGAGUUUCUUCGGUAGCCAGGAGGGCGACUUCUCAGUCGAAAUCAAGUCAGUAAAAGCUGUAUCGUGGCCAGAGGACCCCGAGGCAGGUUUCACGAGUGAGAAAAGCGCAGUUGAGAAGAAGGAGCCCUGGUCGUGGAAGAACUCUAGAUUCGUUGGCCUCGCACUCAUCUUCGGGACCACAUGGGCCUUUUGCACGGGUGUUUGCUGGUACAAAGGCCUCGAUAUGAGUAUGAUGACACCUAGGAACUGGUGGAGGAUGGCCAAGCACGAUCGGCUACCCUAGGAUGUAGAGGUCCCUGCAUGGCUUCCAAAUUCUAUUUUAACCCUUACACGGCCUAGGCAUCAGAUCUUCCUUUCUCAAUUCUCUAUCCAACCGUUCGUGAUUGGGUUUACAGCGAAGACCCACCCUUGCUUCCACCAUUGCA